AUCGCACUUACUACUACUUCGACUAGACUGGUACCGUACGUUACUACUGCUACUUUGACUUAAAUAUUACAUUUAUUUAUUUACAAUCAUAAAGUUCUUGAUUGUUUUUUUUUUUAAAUAAUUAUUCGUAUUUUCAGUCUAGUGAAUUAUAUCUUCUAACAUUUUUUUAAAAUGAUUGUGUCUAAUGUUCUAAAGGUGGAAAAUGGCGUAACCACUUAUAUGGUUAUACCUCAUUUGUGUAAGUUUUGUCGAAAAGCUUUUACUACAUAUACUGAUCUUUCUGAGCAUCUUCUUCAAACCCAUGGAUAUGAAAGUGCAUCGAGCAGCAAUGAUUCUGAAGUAAUAGUACCCGAUGUCACUUCCAAUGAUCUUAAAGUUUUUCGAUGCAAUUUAUGUCUAAAUCGAUAUACUAGUAAAGCAUAUCUUAUGAAACAUAUUUCGUUACAUAGUGGGGAAAAACCAUAUUCUUGUGAUGUGUGUGACAAAUCCUUUAGUCACAAGUCAAAUUUACAGAAGCACUAUUAUACCCAUGAUCCUGAGAAAGCAAAAAGAUAUGAGUGCAAGGUUUGCGGAAAAGAUUUUACCUCAAAAGCAUACCUUAAGAAACAUGAUUUAAUUCAUAAAGGCCAAAGGCCUCAUGUUUGUAACAUAUGUAGUAAAGCAUUUACAUUGAAAACCAACCUCCAAAAGCAUUUCUUAACCCACACUGAUCAGAAGCGUGUAUAUGUAUGUGAUUUAUGUGAGAAAGGUUUUACAUCUAAAGGAUAUUUAGAGAAACACAGGUUAAUACAUAUGGAUGAGAGGCCUCAUGUUUGUGGUGUGUGCUUUAAAGCAUUUACAUUGAAAACAAAUCUUCAUAAGCAUUACUCUACACAUUCGUCGAUUAGGCCGUUUGAAUGUCCGGAAUGCGGCAAGCGAUUUAAAAUGAAGGUUGGACUUGACCAGCACUAUGCAGUACAUUCUGAAGUCAAACCAUUUUGCUGUACAACGUGUCCUAAGACAUUUAAAAACAAAAAAGCUUGUGAAAAACAUGAAAGGACACAUCUGGUUGUUGGUGAUUGAUGAUAUUAAAACCUGUAAAUACUCAUAUUAUAAAUAAAUGCAUCAUUAUUUGUAGCUAAUAAUUAUAAAGCUGAAUUUGUUAUUUGUCAAUAGCAAUUUUUUUUUACUGUUCAAAGGUAUAAGGUGGUGCCUUUUUUAAGGUAUUGCUAACAGUCAUAACUAGGUUUGCUUUCAGGAAAUGCAAGUUAUUCUCUUUAAUUAUAGGAAAGCAUCCUUCCUGUUAAAAUUUUUGAUUUAUUUGUGUAUAAAAUUAUUUGGUUUUUAAUAUUUUAUUAUAUCAGUUAAUAUUGCAUCUAAAAUAAACCUUGACUGACAGACGUCUUAUCUGUUUAUUACGAGUGAAACCGUGCAUUUUAUUGGGAUUCACUUAGAUUAUGAGAAAAUUACUAUAUCAAUGCUUGUAUUAAAAGUCACCAAGUUUUGGUCACAACCACUUGCACUGAAAUAAAAAGUCAAAUCAAUAUGAAAAGUUGAAAAAAGAAUCAUGGAAGAAAACAAGCUGGAAUAGUUUAAUUUUAAGCCAUCUUCAUGCAAACUACUUUAUAUUUUCUAACAUGUGCAGGUUAGUAGCACUUGUGCAUUUGGAAACUAACAUUUGACCUAAUCAGGUGCUGAUACAGAAUCUAUAUGCUUUCUCCCAAGCUAAGUUAGGAAAGAUUUUAUGUAAAAUAAUAUCUCUAAAGUAAUUUUGUUUAACAGGUCAAAUUUUUAUUAAUAAAAUAUGCCACUUGAUAAAGUUCAACGAGAUGCUUAAGAUAUUUGUUUAUGACUUAUAACAAACAUAUUUAAAUAACCAUGUUUUAAAAUAUCUGGAAAAAAAAGGAUUGAAUUGAAAAGAAAAUUGACCUACAUAGGAGUUCUAAGUUUAUGAAGUUAUUUUUCGAUCAUAAUUAUAGAUUGAAAUUUUUGCAUUGUUCAUUUUUAAGAUUUUCUAAUUGUUGUUAAUAAUGUUAUUUAGAAAAAAUUAAUGAUUUUUCAUACAUUUUUUUUUUAAAUUCACAUUUUGCAUUUUGUUUCAUAACAUUUAUUGUUUGCCUAUUUUAUCUCUAUGUGCAUCGUUAUUAAAUGAACAUUAUUCUGUUUAGUUAUAACUACAGUAUUUCACCAAUAAAGUUGUUUACCAAAGAAAA